ACCAUAGCGACGCGGAGCGACUUCUCCUCAAUUACACAUAUGAAUUAUGUCUUUGGGGCAAAUCGACCGGACGUGACGUCGCGUGUGGAUGUGUCUUCCGGUGGGCGUGACUUCCGGUGAGCCUGGCAGAUGUAAACAGCUAGCAUCUCGUCUCUCCAGAUACGUACACACGCACACGCGCGCGCAGACCCGGUGCCGGUUGUUGGGUCCCCGUCAUGGCGGAGUCCGCAGGGGGCGUGGCCAAAGAACUGCUCCUCACCACCCUGCAGGUCCCGAGCAACGCCGCCGGUCCUCUUCCCGCCACACUCCAAAAGGAGGAGGGGAAGGAAGAGAAGGAGGAGGAGGAGGAGGAGGAGAAGGAGGAGGAGGCCACGCCCACGCCGCCGGAUUCUUCCUCACUGUCGUCUGAAAACUGGACGAUAACCGCCGUCACCACAGAAGAAGAAUCUCUGUCGGCUCUACUGGGACAAGUCGAGACCGCAGGAGCAGAGCCAGGUCUAGACCAGGACCAGGACCAGGACCAGGAGGAGAGCUCCACCGACUCCGCGUCCUUUUCCAUGCCCAGUCCGGAGCUCUCUGCCGGGGCGGAGGCAGCAGGAAAGGCCCUGGACGUGGAGGACGGCCUGGGGGGGCGCGGCUGCUCCCCGUCCACUGAGGACCCGGGUCUGAAGGACCAGGACCCGGGUCUGAAGGACCAGGUCCCGGGUCUGAAGGACCAGGUCCCGCCGGAAGCUGCUGUUGUCCUCCCGUCCACAGGGGGCUCUGUGGCCCCUCCCACUCCUGGGGGCUCCGCCUCCUUGGGGGCGGGGCCGUCCACGCCGGCCUACUACCUGGUGAAGUGGAUCACCUGGAAGGAGAAGAAGACGCCGAUCGUCACGCAGAGCGAGAACGGGCCCUGCCCCCUGCUGGCCAUAAUGAACACGCUGUUCCUGCGCUGGAAGGCGAAGCUCCCGGCCCAGACGGAGGUCGUCACCACGGAGGACCUGAUGGCUCACCUGGGAGAGUGUGUGUUGUCUGUUACACCCAGAGAGAAGACUGACGGGAUGGAGCUCAACUUCCAACAGAACAUGAGUGAUGCCAUGGCCGUGCUCCCCAAACUCUCCACCGGUCUGGACGUCAACGUUCGUUUCACCGGCGUGACGGACUUUGAGUAUACGCCUGAAUGCAUCGUGUUCGACCUGCUGAACAUCCCACUGCUGCACGGCUGGCUGGUGGACCCACAGAGUCCAGAGACGGAGGCGUCUGUUGGGAAGCUGAGCUACAACCAGCUGGUGGAGAAAAUCAUCGACUACAAACACUCAGCCGACAGCAGCAGAGUCAGUGAAGGCCUGGUGGCGGAGCAGUUCCUGGAGGCCACGGCCACCCAGCUGUCGUACCACGGUCUGUGUGAACUCAGCUCCACGGCGGCAGAAGGAGAACUCUCCGUGUUCUUCAGGAACAACCACUUCAGUACCAUGAUCAAACACCAGGGCCACCUGUACCUGCUGGUGACGGACCAGGGCUUCCUGCAGGAGGAGGCUCUGGUCUGGGAGUCGCUCCACAACGUGGAGGGAGACGGGAACUUCUGUGACUCCGCCUUCAGGCUCCAGAGAGCCCCGCCCCCCCACAGCCACACCCCCAGCGUCCAGGACCAGCAGAGGCAGAUAGACCAGGACUACCUGGUGGCGGUGUCCCUGCAGCAGCAGCAGGGCGGGGCCCCGGGGCCCCUCAGUGACCUGGAGCUGGCCCAACAGCUCCAACAGGAGGAAUACCAACAACAACAACAACAGGAGCAACAGCCACAACAACAACAACAACAACAGGGAUCACAGCAGGUCAGAGUUCAGGGGUCACAGCAGGGGGGCGGAGCCAGAAGAAGAGAGAAGGACUCGGACUGUGUCGUCUUAUAGACUCUUCCUCAUCUUCAUCAUCGACUAACACACACACACACACACUCUCUCCCAUGCUUCGCCGGCUCCAGGAGGCGGAGCCUGCUGAUUGGUGGUUUCAUGUUUAUUUGCAGGUUGUGAAACGCGUUUUAAUAAUAAUAAAUAGCAGAACUCUG